AUGUCAAACAUCUCAGGAGAUGGUGGAGGAGGGAGUUUCUCUUCUGGUGGCUUAGAGGAUGAUGGUCAACAAAGGCAACCACCUAUGGUCAACUCUCACACUCACACUCACACUCAUACUACUCCUCUUGAUACUGGAUCCAUCUCUCAACAGCUUCUUCCAGAUUCAUCUAAGAAGAAGAAAAGAUCACUACCAGGAACUCCAGAUCCAAAUGCACAAGUGAUUGCUUUAUCUCCAACAAGUCUUAUGGCCAAGAACAAAUACGUAUGCGAAAUCUGCAAUAAGGGUUUCCAACGAGACCAAAACCUCCAACUACACCGGAGAGGCCAUAACCUACCAUGGAAACUUAGGCAACGAACCAGCACCGAAAUCAUCAAGCGUGUCUAUAUAUGUCCUGAACCAUCUUGCAUCCACCACAAUCCGGCUCGUGCGUUGGGCGAUCUAACGGGAAUCAAGAAGCAUUUUAGCCGAAAACACGGAGAAAAGAAAUGGAAAUGUGAGAAAUGUUCCAAAAGGUAUGCUGUACAGUGUGACUGGAAGGCUCAUUCCAAAAUAUGUGGCACCAAAGAGUAUAAGUGUGACUGUGGUACCAUCUUUUCCAGAAGGGAUAGCUUCAUAACUCAUAGAGCCUUCUGUGAUGCCUUAGCCGAAGAGAACAGCAAACUAACCCAAACCCUGCAACAAAACCAUCACAGUACUGUUCAAAACAUUAAUCCCACAACCUCUAUCACUUCACCGGAAUUCAGUCAUGGUGGCAUGCCCGACUCUAAAAACCCAUCGGAAUUACUACCUCUAAACAUCAUGCAAGGUAGCCGUGGAAGCCUGUUUAGCGGCAGCCCUAGAAACGGCUCACCCUCGUCUCUCCAACUAGGAGGCACCACACUCUCAUCACACCUAACAUCAGCCACUGCCUUGUUACAAAAAGCAGCCCAAAUGGGAGCCACCGCUAGCAAUGGGAACAACAACGGUAAUAAUGGCGGCAUGAAUAACUAUGUUACCACCAUGGCACCACCGUCGUAUGGUGGUGGUGGUGGUGGUGGUGCAUACCACGGUGCUGAUCAGAACUUGGUUGACCAGUAUCACACUCAUCAUUCACAAAUAUCUGGGAUCAUCGGCGGUGGAUUCUCAAGCCAGUUUCAAGAAACUUCAGGCAUAUCACGAUUUUUUAACCCGAGUAUUAACGGAGGAGGGAAUGGCGAUGGAAUAGGAGGAUAUUCGGGGUUCAUGAACCCUAGCAAAGAGGUCAUGAUUAUGAACAAUAAUAACAACAAUGGUGGUCAUGAUGGAAAUCCGGGAAUGAGUGAUUCCAGUAAUCCUUUGUUAAGGUUUAAAAGGGAUGGAAAUGGUGAUAAUUUGACUGUCGAUUUCAUGGGGGUAGGAGGAAUGAGACUCAGGAGUUUCAAUGAACAACACCAACAACAACAAGGAAUGGAAAUUUGA